AUGCCUAAGGUCAAGAGCUAUUCGGCAGCUUGGCUGUCCAGCAACGCUCUCGGCCAUCGUCUUUUUGAGCCAUCAUCUGAGGCGUCCAAGUCUCGUAGUUUGGAUUCAGCAUAUUCUUCCAAGAAGAAAACCAUUUCUGGUCCGCGACGAACCAUUGCUCAUCGAGGGACUGAAGUAUUUGUUGCUGUUGGUCGCGAAAUUCGCUGGAGUGAUCUUGCAUACUUGAAGGAUGAAUGGACAAAUCGUUAUUCAAAAAGAGGAUCAUCUCAGGGCAUUCGCAUCAAGCGUGAGGACUCUACACAGUCGUUCGAUGACGAGAGCCUAGAGAACGCUGCUGGAUUAAGGAUAAUCAAGACUCCCGUUGCCGACGACAUUCGACAGCUGAUUAUCUCCCCGAACUCGAACUUUUUGGCCAUUCUGACCACACAUACUGUCCAUAUCUGCGUGCUCCCUGACCCCUCACACCUUACUAGUGAAGAUGCUGGCCCUCUUAAACCAAAGAUCUUCACGCUUGGUCCGACCACUCACGUUACCUCUCGAUCUCCUAUCGUCUCGGCCCUCUGGCACCCUUUGGGUGUCAGUGGCUCUUGUAUCGUUACGACUACCGCGGAUGCUAUCGUACGUGUAUGGGAAUUGUCCACUACUGAUCGAUGGUCCUUUGACUCUCCCACGACGUCUGUCGACCUGAAGAAACUGGUGGACGGUACCACUCUGGAUCAAGACUUUUCUGCCUCAACAGCAGCAACCAAUACGGCAUUCUCACCCGAUUCCUUCGAAAUGGAGGUUUCUGCUGCUAGUUUCUCUACUAAAGGGGCUGGCGGUUGGAACCCCAUGACUUUGUGGGUAGCAAUGCGAGAAGGAGAUGUAUACGCCUUGUGUCCUUUGCUGCCUCAGAAAUGGGCACCUCCCCCAACAUUGAUCCCUUCUCUGUCAGUAUCGAUCGUCACUACUGUUGCAAGCAUCGAGGAUGAUCCGGAUGUCGGAGAGCAGGAAAAGUUACUUGCCCAACAGCAAUUAGAAUGGAUGGGAGAGCUAGAUUCCCAAGAGCCAACAAUCAUGGAGGGGCCGAUUGGUGAGCCUGUGAUGGAGAUUUACACGCGACCAACCCGACCGGGAAUCAUUCCUCGCCUGCAAGGCCCUUUUGAGCUUCAGUCAGAUCCUGAUACAGGCGAUGAGCUGGAUACAUCGGUCACUGAUAUGCUCGUCAUCGGCAAGAAGACGGAGACGGAGCAGCUUAUGAUGGGCGAAGAAGAAGAUUUGGAUAUGGAUGACGGGGAUCAAGAGGGCCUUUCUCUGACCGUGCUCUGCCUGUUGUCAACGAGCGGCCAAGUUCGCGUAUAUCUUGAUCUCGAGGGUGUGCAGGCUCAAUGGUUGCCACCCAAGAACAAGAAUAAACUUGGCCGACUGCUUGCCAAAGUUGAAACUCCGUCUCUACUUUCCUUCCAGGCCAUUGAUACCAUGACACCCGUGGAAGUGAAUGAGGAUAGUUGGCCCGUUUUCAGCAACGACGUCACGUCUCGCUACAACUUCUUUGUCACACACCAUGCCGCUAUCACAUUUAUAUCACUUACGUCCUGGAUCUUCCGUCUAGAGAGUGAGUUGAAUGGAGAUUCCGAAGCAGGAACUGACUUUAGAAUUGGCCUGCUUGUCAACUCUCAAUCUACAAGGGACCGCAUAUACUCACAACCCACUGCCGAUAUUGCGGUACCCUUGACUGCAUGCAAUGUACUGCGAGACCCUGACGUCGGCUACUUUCUCCUCUCAGCGACCCCCUACGGGCCCAUCGCCCUGACCUUCGACACACCAGAAGUCGACCUUGCUCCAAUUCGUCAAGAAAGCCCCAGCUAUGAACGGGAAGCUAGUAUGGCGCCCCUGGACUUCUAUGAGCCUCGCCCCGUGUUCAACCCGUCUCAUACAUUUGAAGAGGGCUCUGCUCUGCCUACACUGCUCGAGAGGCUCCGCACAUCUCGUCACAAGACCGUUGUCAACCAGGAAGUAAGAUUAAGCCCGCUUACGUUGCAAAUCUUUACCGAUGCGCAUAAGGUCUUGGCAGAUGAGACGCAUCGCCUUGGAAUGGCUGCGGCUGAGGUAUUCCGGCGAUGCGAACUUCUCCAGAGUGAGCUUAAGCAACAAGCCAUGAAGGCGAAUGAGGUAAAGGGUAAGAUCGACACAAUCAACGGGUCGCAUCGUGAUGGAGAGGCAGAUAAUGCCAUGUACGAUCGGCGAGUUACUGCAGCAAGGGAACGCCAGGAGCGGCUGACUGAGCGCCUUGAAAACCUACGCAAGAUCGUAGGUAAGGCGACCACGCGUGACUUGAGUGCCAAGGAACGUGCCUUUGUGGAGGAAGUGAAGUCGAUGGAAGCCAGCAUCUCGGCUCCGGAUUACGCGGACCUGGCAUCAGGCAAAUCCAAGGCGACACCGGCACAGGCUAAGCAGCUGUGGAAACGUCUGGAAGACAUUAAGCACCUGCAGGCUGAUCUUACUGCCGAAGUGGAGGCUAUGAACAAGGCGACAGGGGAGACGGAUGGGCCCGCUACACCUUCGGCCGAGUUGCGGAUCCCGCAAGAGGUUCGCCGGGCGAAGUUGCAGCAGGUCCAAGGACUUUUAUCAAGAGAAACAGCUUUGGUGGAUGCUGUCACUGCACGACUGGAACGGCUGCAAGCCAGUGUCUGA